GGGAAACAUUUCCAGAUGGAGACGGACCACAAGCCUCUCCUGAGUCUUCUUGGGUCUCAAGCACUGGAUGCUCUACCUCCACGGAUCCAACGCUUCAGAAUGCGUCUGAUGCGCUAUUCUUAUUCUAUCUCUCAUGUGCCAGGGAAGUGCCUGUGGACAGCUGAUACGCUGUCACGAGCUCCUGUCAAGAGAGAGGAGACAGCAGCGGACAAAGAGCUGUUUGAAGAAACCAACAUCUAUGCGGACAUGGUACUGGAGAACCUACCUGCAAGCGCUGACUACCUGGAGGAGCUGAGAGAGCAGCUGCAGAGAGACAGUGUGUGUGCACAGGUGAUGCAGCUGUGUGCUGAAGGCUGGCCAGCACACGGUUCCAAAGAACCAGCACUCAGGCUGUACUGGGCAGAGCAGGCGUUCCUUACAGUUCAAGAUGGUGUCCUGCUGAAGGGACACAGGCUCGUCAUCCCUUCUACAAUGAGAAAUUAUGUUCUCGCCAAAUUGCAUGAAGGACACCAAGGCGUGGUGAAGUGUAGACAGCGGGCACGACAGUCAGUAUGGUGGCCCGGGCUUAGCCAGCAGCUGAAUGAAUUGGUUCUCAACUGCCGAACAUGCUGUAAGGAGAGACAGAACCACAGGGAGCCGCUGAUGCCGUCACCAUACCCAGGCCGACCAUGGGAGAAGUUAGGAGCUGAUUUGUUCAUGCUCGGUACCAAGACCUACCUGCUGGUAGUGGACUACAUGUCAAGGUAUGUGGAGAUUGCUUUGCUGACCUCCACAAGAUCAAACGAUGUAAUCCACCACCUAAAAUCGAUCUAUGCACGUCACGGAAUCCCGGAUCUUCUCGUGUCGGAUGGUGGGCCCCAGUUCUCCGGAGCAGGCUUUGCCGAGUUCGCAGAGUCUUACGGAUUCCGUCACAUUACCAGUAGCCCAAGAUACCCUCAAGGGCUACUCCUCUCGACAAUGGGUAUAGUCCAGCGCAGCUUCUCAUGGGGAGGAGGCUCCGCACAACAGUGCCUAUCCUUCCUGUUUUGCUAAAUCCUGCUCUUCCUGAUAGUGAAGCUGUUAUGCGGAAAGAAGGGGAGAAGAGGACAAAAGAUGCACAACGCUACAACCUGCGGCAUCGUGCAAUGAACCUUGACAGACUGAAUCCGGGACAGGACGUGUGGAUCAAGGACCAAAAGAAAGCCGGAGCUAUCAUCGGACGUCACACCACUCCACGAUCGUAUCUGGUGGAAGGACCCCAUGGGUCUAUCAGACGGAACCGUCGUCAUCUCAUCCCUAUGGGAUCCUCGCCGGAGCAGAGUGGCCGUGGUGCAGCAGAGCCGUUCCUGGGGGGCGUCCCGGAACAACCUUCAGCAGAAACAUCGCAGCAGAGUGUUCCAGAACCUCCAUCUACUCCUACUCCUAGAACCAGGUCUGGGAGGGCUGUGGUGAGACCAACUAGGUUGGACCUAUAAUUUUGUUUCCUAUAGACAUUACAGAGACUCUAAUGAAAAAAAAAAAGAAUGUUACUGUAUGUGGUAAAAGACAGAAAAGUGCAAUUGGAGUGUUUUGGAUAUGUUUUCUUGUACUGUAAAUGUUCAAGUCAGUUGCAGGGCUUAGGUUGAGGACAGUACAGGAUUAGUAUAGGAUGGAUGUUUGAGUAUUGAUGUGAAGUGGAUUGUUCUAAGGGUAAAAUAUGUGUGUGUGUUUGAUUGUCUGGUACAGGCUCAUAUAGGAGCAGACCUUCCAACCACGAGGCAGAAUAAUCCUCAAGGUCUGUUGAAUCAAUGGUGGUCUACCCAUUGAUUCUAGAAAGGGGAGAUGUGGUGUGAUUGUAUUAUGGGAGAACUACAGAGUCGACAGGCUAUGACGUCACGGGGUGCGACGGAGCGGGAGACAGUGUGGGAGUGAGUCAGAGAGGACACUUGUUGUGAUUGAGCUUGAGCUAAUAAAAGUAUCCACAUUAUAAAGUACAGCUGGACUCACGUAUUUAUUCAGUAACACGACAG